UUUUUUGUCUUUGGCUUCUUUUUAGUUUAUUCAUUCACUUAUUGUAAGAACCAACGAGCGGGAGAGAAGAACCAUUCCUUCAGUCUCGCGGCCACAAAACUUGGAUUCCCUGAUCUCUGUUUUCCAUCUUCCUAUCCGAUCUCGACAGCACGAUCUCAAGAAAUCUACUGGAUUGGAUCCUUCAGAGAGUUUGAAGAUGGGUUAUGUUGGUGUACAUGGAGUUGCUGCGUUGAAAAGACACAAAUACAGUGGUGUAGAUAAUUCGCUUGUUGCGAAAUACAUCUUACAACCCUUUUGGACUCAUUGCGUUACUUUGUUUCCACUUUGGAUGCCACCAAAUGUGAUAACACUUAUUGGUUUUACAUUCUUAUUUACUUCAGCACUCCUUGGUUACGUGUAUGCUCCUUUUUUGGAUGUACCACCUCCAAGAUGGGUACAUCUUGCACAUGGAUUGCUUCUUUUUUUAUACCAGACAUUUGAUGCUGUUGAUGGUAAGCAAGCUAGACGAACAAAUUCCUCCAGUCCCUUGGGGGAACUUUUCGACCAUGGAUGUGAUGCACUUGCAUGUGCGCUUGAAGCCUUGGCUUUUGGGAGCACUGCGAUGUGUGGAAAGAGUGCUUUCUGGUUUUGGGUUAUUGCAGCUGUUCCAUUUUACGGUGCAACUUGGGAGAACUAUUUCACCAAUACACUUCUUCUUCCGGUGGUAAAUGGACCCACUGAAGGUCUCAUGUUGAUAUACCUGACCCACGUCUUUACCUUUUUUGUUGGUGCUGAAUGGUGGGCUCAACAGUUUGGGGUGUCUAUUCCUUUAUUGAGUUGGGUACCUUUUAUUUCUGAAAUCCCGAUGUACAGAGUUGUUUUGCUUCUGAUGACUGCUUUUGCUGUUAUACCAACUGUUAUCUUCAACAUAUACAAUGUCCAAAAGGUCGUUCAAGCAAGAAAAGGAAGCAUGUUCCUGGCAUUAGCAAUGCUUUGCCCCUUCAUCAUACUCCUAGGAGGAAUACUAGUCUGGGAUUAUUUGUCCUCAGCUGAUUUCAUCAGGAAAUAUCCGCAUUUAGUCAUAUCAGGAAGUGGACUUGCAUUUGGAUUCCUUGUGGGGAGGAUGAUUCUGGCUCAUAUGUGUGAUGAACCCAAGGGAUUGAAAACUGGAAUGUGCAUGUCACUACUGUAUCUUCCUUUUGCUAUAGCAAAUGCGCUCACUGCCAAGCUCAAUGAUGGAGUUCCUUUAGUUGAUGAAAGAUUGGUGGUUGUUGGCUACUUUAUCUUCACAGUAUCACUGUACCUCCACUUUGCGACAUCAGUCAUUCACGAAAUUACUGCCGCCUUGGGUAUCUGCUGUUUCAGGAUAACCAGCAAAAAGGCGUAAAGAUGGUAGCGUGUUGCGCAGGACCUCUUUGUUCCACCUGCCGAAACUCAGUUCCACGACGGUGAAGUCCCGAUUAUUUGCUUCAAGCUUUGGCGGCCCAGAAACUGUGUAUUAGCUAUCAUUUAACUUCCCCAGAUGCUGUGAACUGCUAACAAACUGAUUAACAUGCACAAGCAAAUUGGCGGUGUAUUCAAGUAGUCAACUUUUGUGAAUGUUCUUUUUUGUUGAUCUGUAGUUCUGGUUAUCCUCAAAAAAGGUUGAUUGUUCUCAGAAAUAUUUUUAACCUUAUGUAAUGGUAAAAUGGGUGUUUCAUUACAUUUUUGCAAUUUCGUUUGCUGUAAAGAAAAAUUGUGAACCUGGUGGCACAAGACAUGUCGUGUUCUUCUUUUGGUG